UAUAGCUAGAGGGUUGAAACGAACCAACAUCUGCUUGCGUCACCAUUGGCUGAUUUGAUGGACCAAUAUCAAGCUUUUACAAAAGGGGAAAUACGCCCCCGAUAAACUCGAUGUACUUGCUCUCAUAUUCAAAAGUACUGCACAAUGAUGAGCAACGGAUUCGCAACUACGGGCCAUACACCCACUUGGGAUUCAAGUUUGACAAAUACAGAUAGUCAAAGUUAUGAUGAAUGUUGGCCGGAUGCUCACCUUUAUCAUCACCAUCAUCAUUUACACCACCACCACAUUCACCAACACUCGUCUACAGUAUCUCAAAUGUGGCCAAAUCCGCAUAACCAUGCUCAGCAACAGAGUAUAACUCAAAAUGCUAUACCCAGGGGCGGCGGCGGAAGUUCGCAAAAGUCGUCAUCAAUGGCGUCGUCGAAGAAAAUCCGGCGGCGGGUGGCUACGCUGGCGCAACGGCGCGCGGCUAACAUACGCGAGCGCAGGCGCAUGUACAACCUGAACGAGGCGUUCGACAAGCUCCGGCGCAAAGUGCCCACGUUCGCGUACGAAAAGCGGCUUUCCCGGAUCGAAACGCUCAGGUUGGCCAUCACAUACAUCGGGUUCAUGACCGAGCUGCUGCAGUCGACCCCGUCGCCAGGUGGAGGCGGCGACACUGUCCAGUCGCCCGCGUCCGCGGCGUACGCUCUGCCGCCCCAACACCACGACAUUCCCUACGCGCCGUACUCGUUGAUUCCGCCCGUCUAGAUGAGGGAUAGGUGUAAGGAUAUUCCGUGAGCCACUCCUUUGCACGGACGCGCAAUGCUCGGAAGCUGCAUAACAUUCAGUGCAAUAUGUACCUACACAUUAUAUUCUAAUGAUAUGAUUUUUAUGCAUUUCGACCGCCCGUGAGAAAUCUACGAUUAUUCGCAUUAUAUAUUAUCUGCGGCGAGUGUGAAAUCGAUCUGACCUAUCGCCGAUGUAUUAUUACAAUUAUAAUUUAACGUUAUUGCUCGGCAAACUAUCAACCUUUUCCUCUAGUUAUACGAUAUUACGGGAAUGGCAAAAUAAAUAUUAAAAAUAUUUUUUAUUAUAUAAUACCUAUACUUUUUUCAAUAUACCUACUUGGAAAAAAUACCAUAGUAAUUUUGAUAUUAAAAUCAAUAUUUCAAAAAAAGUCACCCGUAUUACCCCCUAUA